UCUCACAAGCGCCCCAGCAACAUGAUGCUUCGGCCCAAACUCGUCCUUCUCUUCUCCGUAUUCCCAGCUAUCACAAUAGCCAGUGCUCUCCCUGGCCCUCGCCAGGCCGGAAGGACCUCUCACGCGUGGUCGUAGCUAUGGUUAACCUGGUUUCUGAACUGUAUUCUCGCUCCUUCAACAGCGAAGAGUGUGAGCAACCUCUCGUAUCCCGCCAAUGGAAACCCGAGGUCAAUGAUAGAGUGACGCAUAGACAAGGAGAAAUUAUAGAAUAGAGAUACAAGGGGCAGCACAUGAUGGUAAAGUAAAAUCUCUCCUGUGCAUUGGCAAUUUUACGCAAUAGGCCAAUGGAAACUCAGCGGGGUAUUUAACAGAGCCAGAGGCGGAGCGGGAGUCAUAUUGGAUGAAGCAGGCAUUGAAGAAGUGCGCGGGAACCCCCUUGACCAAUGAGGCUCAAGAGGACGGCGGUCAGGGAUGAGUCAUCGCAGAACCGCGAGUGAGCAGCAUGAUAGAAAGUCAACCCGCGGGUAAGAACAUCCUACUAGCGCUUGCGACGACAGUUCUAGAAUCUCGAGCCGAGAGUUGCCAUCUGGAGCAUCCGGUUCGACGAGGGAGCGCUGGAACGAAGUCCGGAGAGGACCGAGGCUGGUCGUUCACGCGAAAGGGAUUCUCCAGCGAUUACGAUGACAUAAGAAGAACGGAGGUGGAAGACGGCGAUGGAGGAAUUUGAGAAUGGCGUCCAGAACGAGGAGAUGUUGUUCCGACCGGGUGACCAAGAGUACUUGAUACUACGAGGAAGUAGACAGCAGAGGAACGAAUAGCCCACGGAGAUUGUGUGCUGCGCGGGAGACACAUCCACUGCGGCCAGAUCAAGCUUCCUCUGCCAAUAGCGCUGCAGCAACGAGAGGGAGGUAUUUCCGGCGUACAGGGAGGUAGCUCAGGAUGAUACCUCACUGAGUCCGCAGCAGUCGGUUGUUGGACACGUUGGUGCUUGUAAGUUGCGGGUGAUAAGCAGACGUGGGACGUUCGCGGUGCAACCGUCAAAAGAAGGAUGAUGGAUGAUGGAAGGCUGGAGUGAUGGUUAAGGGAUGGUGACUGUUGGAGGACGAAAUAUGAUGGAUGACCUCAUACCUCCACACUAGGACAGAACCUACUGAACUCGUGCAGGCCGGCUAACUAAAUCCUCUCCAACGGUCGCUGGUCCUCUGAUUCGCGGGCCGAAGAUCGGGCAAGGCGGGCAUUUGGCCGGGCAACGUUAGAAGAAGAAGGCUUGGCGACAACUGUUACGUCGGUUGUGGUCGAGCCACUUGCAGGUGAGUUGUUUUCAACAGAACUGCGCACGGUGCGUGUCUCGCUCAGAGAAUGAAUAAUCCUACUCCACCGAAGGUAUCAACCAGUCGUCCUGCCUAUAGUUCAUCAUCACACGGGCGAAAGGCAGUGGAGGAGGACAAGUCGGUCCUUUUUCUCUUCCUCUUGGAUGCUGUGCUGGGUGGCCUGAUUUAGUGAUUUGAUGUACUGAAAUAAUAAAUGCACGCGACAGGACCCUGAUCGACGGUUAGAA